AUGUUCAUGAACUUUCCCAAACAACCAAGUAUGUUUAAAUUGUAUUAUGCUGAUUAAUAUAUUAAAAAUAAAAUUAUAAAAAUGUAUUAUUAUAAAUGACUAUGAUUUUUGAAAUUUAUUUUUCAAUCUCCUAGCCACCAGUUUGGAACAACCAGGAAUGCACAUGAACUUUCCCAAUCAACCAAGUAUGUUUUAAUUGUUUUAUUCUGAUAAUAUAUUGAAAAAAAAUAUAUAGAAAUGUUAUUUAUUAUAUGAUUAUAAUUUAUAAAAUAUAUUUUUCCACCUGCUAGCCCCAAAUUUGGAACAACCUGGUAUGCAAAUGAACUUUUCUAAUCAAGGAGGUAUGUUUAAAUUGUAUUAUGCUGAAUUUUAUAUAUAAAAUUAAAAUAUAGAAAAGGUUUUUAUUAUAUGACUAUGAUUUUUAAAAGAUGCUUUUCUUCUUCCCAGCUACCAUCAUAAAACAACCUGGAAUGCACAUGAACUUUCCCAAUCAACCAAGUAUGUUCAAAUUGUUUUAUUCUGAUAAUAUAUUGAAAAAAAAUAUAUUGAAAUGUUAUGUAUUAUAUGAUUAUAAUUUAUAAAAUAUAUUUUUCCACUUCCUAGCUCCCAAUUUGGAACAACCUGGAAUGCAAAUAAACUUUUCUAAUCAAGGAGGUAUGUUUAAAUUGUAUUAUGCUGAAUUUUAUAUUUAAAAUUAAAAUAUAGAAAUGUUUUUUUCAUAUGACUAUGAUUUUUGAAACUUAUUUUUUAAUCUCCCAGCCACCAAUUUGGAACAACCUGGAAUGCACAUAAACUUUCCCAUUCAAACAAGUAUGUCUAAAUUGUAUUAUGCUGAUUAAUAUUUUAAAAUAAAACUAUAGAAAUGUUUUUUAUUAUAUGAUUAUGAUUUAAAAUAUUUAUUCUUCCACUUCCCAGCCACCAAUCUGGAAAAGCCUGGAAUGCAAAUGAACUUUCAUAAUCAAGGAAGUAUGUUGAAAUUGUAUUAUGCUGAAUUUUAUAUUUAAAAUUAAAAUAUAGAAAUGUUUUUUAUUAUACGAUUAUAAUUUAUAAAAUAUAUUUUUCCACUUCCUAGCCCCCAAUUUGGAACAACCUGGAAUGCAAAUGAACUUUUCUAAUCAAGGAGGUAUGUUUAAAUUGCAUUAUGCUGAAUUUUAUAUUUUAAAUUAAAAUAUAGAAAUGUUUUUUUCAUAUGACUAUGUUUUUUAAAACUUAAGUUUUUAAUCUCCCAGCCACCAGUCUGGAACGACCUGGAAUGCACAUGAACUCUUCCAAUCAACCAAGUAUGUUUAAAUUGUAUUAUGCUGAAUUUUAUAUUUAAAAUAAAAAUGUAAAAAUGUAUUUUUAUAUUUGACUAUGAUUUUUAAAACCUAAUUUUCAAUCUCUCAGCCACCAAUUUGGAACAACAUAGAAUGUAUAUGAACUUUCCCAAUCAAACAAGUAUGUUUAAAUUUUAUUAUGCCGAUUAUUAUUUUUAAAAGAAAAUCAUAGCAAUGUUAUUUUUUAUAUGAUUAUAAUUAAGAUAAUUUAUUAUUGAACUUCCCAGACACCAAUUUGCAACAAACUAGAAUGCACAUGAACUUCCCCAAUCAAAUAAGUAUGUUUAAACUGUAUUAUGCUGAUUAAUAUAUUUAAAAUAAAAUUAUAAAAAUGUUUUUCAUUUUAUGAUAAUGAUUUAUUAUAUUUAUUUUUCCGUUUUCCAGCUACCAAUUUGGAAAAUCCUGGAAUGCAAAAGAACUUUCUUAAUCAAGGAAGUAUGUUUAAAUUGUAUUAUGCUGAUUAAUAUAUUUAAAAUUAAAUUAUAAAAAUGUUUUUUAUUUUAUGAUAAUGAUUUAUUAUAUUUUUUUUUUCACUUCCCAGCUACCAAUUCGGAAAAGCCUGGAAUGCAAAUGAACUUUCCUAAUCAAGGGAGUAUGUUUAAAUUAUAUUAUGCUGAUUAUUAUAUUCAAAAUCAAAUUAGAGUAGUGGUUUUUAUUAUAUGACUAUGAUAUACAUAAUUUUUUUUUCUUCCUAGCCACCAUUUUACAACAACCUGGAAUGCAAAUGAAUUUUUCCAAUCAAAGAAGUACGUUCACCAUAAAUUAUGCUGAUUAAUCUAUUUAAAGAAAACUUAGUACACCUUAAAUACUAGUAGGGAAAAUUAAAUUACUAUACAUUUUCCACAUAUUUUACAUGUAAAUUUUGUUAAUAUUACAUAAUUAGUUCCGUUAUAAAUCUGAAAUAAAUGUUUAAAAUCAUAUGACCAACACUAACCAGAUGGGUGCUCUCAAUGAUCUAUAGGCAACUGAUCUAACUUAUAGAACUAUUUCGACUCUCUUAAUUUUGUUUAUAACAUUAAAAAUCAUAAAGUACAGAACUAUUAAUUAAAUUUUUAAUUUGUAUCAAAUUUAAUGAUUAAAUAUUUAUAAAAAGUAACAGAAGUUGUUAUAUUAUUGUUGAUUUAUCAGAUAUGUAUUAUUCAAUGCCUGUACUCAAUGUACACCAAGGACGUUUAAACUUUCCUGUAUCCCACGUGACCAGUAAUCAAAUCUUCAAUGGAAUCCCUGAAGACCUUGCUGCACAGAAUUCACGUUAUGAAAUUGUAUGGAAUCCCUCUUUACAAGAACCUCAAAAAAAACCCACACAAAAUAGAAAAUCACAAUUUAAAUCUAGGAGUAAUAGAAAAUCACAAUUUAAAUCUAGGAGUACUUGUAAUAAUAAAUACUCCCAUGGUGUAUAUAGAAUCCUUAAAUACUCCCAUGGUGUAUAUAGAAUCCUUCAUUUAAAUCUAGGAGUACUUGUAAUAAUAAAUACUCCCAUGGUGUAUAUAGAAUCCUUCCUGUUGGUGUAUAUAGAAUCCUUCCUGUGCCGUCUCGACCGUAUGAAAUAAUAAAUACUCCCAUGGUGUAUAUAGAAUCCUUCCUGUGCCGUCUCGACCAUAUGAAAUUUUUCCUGUGCCGUCUCGACCGUAUGAAAUUUCAUGGAACCGUAUGAAAUUUCAUGGAAUCCAAUUUUACAAGGAUUGUUUGAAAAAAAUCCUCAAAACUCAAAUAUUCUACAUGAAAAUCUUGUUGCCCGAUCACAUUUUACUAAUAUUUUAUACUAUACAUUUUUACAAGGACUUCAACAACAACCCACAGAUAAUAUACAGCCACAACCUGAGUCUAGAACUCAUGCAUUUGGACUUGUCAAUAGCAUUAUUGAUUUAAAUUUUGGAUUUGACCAAAUUGAUGCAAUUCAUAUACUCUUGGGCACCAGAAGUAAGAUCAUUUUUUUUUACAAAAACAUUGUGAUACAUAAAACUAAUACCAUUGCAAAUUUAACAAAAUAAUUUUGCAUAUUAAAAAAAUGUAUUUUCUAAAUUUUUACAUUUAAAAUUUAUGUAAUACUAGAUACAUAUUUAAUCAAUUUUUAAAGUAAAUUAAUUUCCUCUUUCAAAUAAAAAUAUGUUCUUAUCACAACUCUUGCAUCAAUUUAGAAAACUAAUUCAUUAAAGUUAAGCAAAAGAUUGUUUUAAAAUAUUUGAAUAAAAAGAAAAAUUUACCUAACCAGAAGGUUGUUAUUUUUUUAAAUUUGUAUAUUGUGUUUAAAUGUAUAAAGUAUUAUUUGUUUACUUAUAUAAGACACUAGAGUACUGCAUAGGCAACCAAAAAUAAUACAUAUUUAAAACAUUUUUAGCGCGAUUUGCAAUUGUACCAGUUUCUCAAAAAAAGCCAAAUGUGUUGAACAAUUGUUAUAUUAAUAUGAAAUCAUUUAACCGACAACAGAAUGAUUGAUUUGAAAUAAACACUGCAAAGGUACUUGAAUUAAUAAUGUAAAUUUAUAUUAAAUUUUAAUUUUCAUUGUAUUUUAGGGAAUGUUUUGUAAUUUACAAAUACCCAUGCAGAAUACUAGUGCAACUAAAUUUUUGCCAUUAAAUUUUAAACUUAAUAGUAAUAAUAUUCAGCAUGAGAGUAUGCAUCUAUUGGUAAAUAUUAUACUUAUUUAUAUUCUUAAAAGGAUGCAAUUUAAUUUAUAUAUGAAUUAUGUUGUAGCAACAAGGUGCCAAACACAAUAGUAUAAAUGAUAAAACUACUAAUCCUACGCCUCUUUCAAUUGGAGAAGACAUACAUUUAUAUUGGACUGGAAAUGCUUGUAUUCCAACAGGUAAAUUACAAGUUACAAAAUCAAAUAUAUGA